UUCUAUCAAUCAGUUUUUACUUCAUCAUUUUAAAAUCCAGUUAUCAGGGUCUGAAAAGAUUUGGAGAAAUUGACAAACCUGGAUGGCUACCCCUGACCAGAAAGUGGUUUCUAGGCCCCAGAAACCAGCCCGGGGACCGAAGGGGAAUGGGGCCUGCCUGGGUGCCCUGGACAGCCUGGAGUGUAUGGAGACACAAGAGAUGGUGCUGGCGGAGGUAGCCAUGCUGAGGAAGGCACAGGAAUUCUUCCAGACCUGUGACGCAGAGGGCAAGGGCUUUAUCGCCAGGAGAGAUAUGCAGAGGCUCCAUAAAGAGUUGCCCCUCAGCCUGGAGGACUUGGAGGAUGUGUUUGAUGCCCUGGAUGCUGAUGGCAAUGGCUUUCUGACUCCAGAGGAGUUCACCACUGGGUUUAGUCAUUUCUUCUUCAGCCAGAGCAAACCAAGUCAGGGAGAUGCAGGUGAACAGGUGGCCCAGCUCCAGGAGGAGAAGGUGUAUCAGUCCAGAGCAGAGGAGGAUCUGGGUGACCUGGAUGAAGAUGAGGAAGCCCAGUUCCUGAUGCUGAUGGACAAACUUGGAGCCCAAAAUGUUUUGGAAGAUGAAAGUGACGUAAAGCAACUCUGGCUGCAGCUGAAGAAGGAUGAGCCUCACUUACUGUCCAACUUCGAGGAUUUCCUGACCAGAAUCUUCUCCCAGCUCCAAGAAGCCCAUGAGGAAAAGAAUGAACUGGAGUGUGCCUUGAAAAAGAAAAUUGCUGCUUAUGAUGAAGAAAUCCAGCAUCUCUAUGAGGAGAUGGAGCAGCAAAUCAAAAGUGAGAAGGAGCAGUUUCUCUUGAAGGACACAGAGCGCUUUCAGGCCCGCAGUCAGGAGCUGGAGCAGAAGCUGCUGUCUAAGGAGCAGGAGCUGGAGCAGCUUGCCCAGAAGCAGAAGCGGUUGGAGGGCCAGUGCACAGCCCUGCAUAACGACAAGCAUGAAACCAAAGCAGAGAACACCAAGCUGAAACUCACCAACCAGGAGCUGGCCCAGGAGCUGGAGCGCACCUCCCGGGAGCUGCAGGACGCCCAGCAGCAGCUGGAAAGCCUCCAGCAAGAGGCCUGCAAACUCCACCAGGAGAAGGAGAUGGAAGUGUACCGCGUGACGGAGAGUCUGCAGCGGGAGAAGUCGGGGCUCCUGAAGCAGCUGGAUUUCCUAAGGGAAAGGAACAAGCACCUCCAGGAUGAAAGGGACAUAUGUUUUCAGAAAGAUAAGGCAGCCAAAGCAAACACAGCUGCUGCCAAGGCAAGCUGGAAACAGAGAUCUGGCUCUGUGAUAGGCAAAUAUAUGGACAGCAGAGGGAUCCUUAGAAGCCAGUCAGAGGAGGAGGAAGAUGUGUUUGGCAUGAUGAGGAGGAGGAGCUCCCUGGGCCUGAGUGGGUAUCCCCUUACAGAAGAGGAGCCAGGAGCCAGGGAACCAGGGGCUGAAGGUCCACUCCCCCGGGCACUCCGCAGAAUCAUCUCCAUUGAAGAAGACCCCCUGCCCCAGCUCCUGGAUGGCAGCUUUGAGCGGCCACUGAGCAAAUGCCCAGAAGAGGAGGAGGUCUCCGACCAGGGGGUGGAGGGACAAAGCCAGCAGGCCCAACCUUCUCAGCUGGAACUCAUGCCCACAUCUCCCCGAGGGCAGCCUGUUGGGAAAGAAGCUCUGUCUAAGGAGGAAGGCACCCUCUCCACCCCAGACCGGCUCUUCAAGAUUGUGUUUGUGGGCAACUCUGCCGUAGGGAAGACAUCCUUCCUGAGGAGAUUCUGUGAUGACCAGUUCUCCCCAGGCAUGACAGCCACUGUGGAUGGGUCUCCUCUCACAUGCUUCAGGGUGCCAUUCUUACUGCUGGGCCUGUUCCUGUGAUGUUUUCACAUCUGGAAUAUCCUCCUGCCCCUCCCUUCUGCUCCAUUUCACCCAAAAACUGAGAACUCCUCAAGAUUAAGAAUUGGGACCCUGAAAGGGAGAAGAGCAGAGCUAUGAACCCAUCCCAGAAAAGUCUGGCCUUGUCUGCCCUGGAGAAAAGUGACUUGGAGUGAGCCAGGCGCACCGAGUAUGGUGACACAGGGAACAAUGGCUGAGGAGGUGGACUUGAAUUCCUGGGAGAUCAUCAGUGGAAUGGGCCCCCACCAGCCAUGGCUCAAGCACAGACCAUGAGAGCCAGGAGGACAGAUUCUAAGCAUUUAGAUACCUCUCCUGUUGAAAUCAGGGAAUCAGGGUUCGUUUACAUUUCCAACUGAUGUCCCUAAGAUGGAAGUCUCUAAAAAGAGAAAAGCAAACUAAUUUGCACUUCCCAGGGGGCCAAUUAUGGAAACACCUACAAAUUAGGGGCAGGAACUGCAGCUCAAAUUAGUGUCUUAGCUACACAGCAGGCCUUGCUCUGAUGCACUUGUCAGUAGGCAUAGUACAGUCACAGAAGCCACCUGACAAAUGUUCCUAUAAAAUGACAGGAGAGCCACAGAGUCCUGGUCCUGGAGGGCCAAAGUGGUCCAACCCUAGAUUGGAGCUCUAGCCAACCACCUGUCCAGGGCAGCAGCCCCUGAACCAUGAACACAGUACAAACAGGGACUCAGCAGCCCCUUAAAGCUCAUCUCCUUUAUCAAAGGGGACUUUCUGGCUUCCCAUUGCCUCAAGGGAACAUGACUGGUACCCUACUCCUGGCUUGUGCACAAUGUGAGUUCUACAAUACAACAGUGUGCCUUGAGCACCUGCCUGCACCACUUUAGCACCACAUGAUUCCUUCACAAACAGGUGUUUGGGUCCUAUGGGUGUCAAAGGAUGGUCUUCUAGAACAUCGGAGUUCAUUUUGUAAAUGAGAAAACUGAUCGUUAGAGGCUAAAGCUCCCUAGAACCCAGGACCCCUGAGUCCAGUGUUUUUUUACUGCCCCACCUGGAGUCACUGCCCCUGCUUUUCUCAACAGAAUGCACUCUGCUCUUUCCUGGCCACCAGUUGGGUUUCUAUCCCACUCCCCAUCUUUACAAAGACAUUUCUAGUUGUCUCCAUGGCAACUUGCAGAAACUCCCAUUCCCUCAUCUGUCUUGCUCUAAAUGACAGCUUGAUCCUGUCUUGUCACCCUUUCUGGAGUCCAUCAACCAGCUUUAACUCAUUACCAUCCCUCAACACAACACACUUCAUGGUCACAGAGGCUUCUGAUUUCUAGCCGUCAUUCAGGAACCAGUUAGGUUGCAAGUAGGAGAUCAUUUCCAUGUGUUCAUUGAAUGCUACAGCUGAACAGAUUCUGAGCACCAACUUACCCCUCCACACCUUUCAUCACAUCUCAAUUUACAGGUGAGGACAGUGAAAACUCCCCCCAAAUGAGAUGAAGUAAUGUCAUCAUGAUCACAUAGCUGGUCAAAGGCAGGACUGAGACAGGAAUACAACAUGGCCGCCUGGCUCCUGGGAUGUUAGAACUGGUGAUGGUCUUAAAAGUCAGUGUAAUUCAGGCCCUCUGGUCCCAUGUUAUUGUGUUGUCUCUUCUGUUGGCCUUGACGCCUUGUGUCUCUACCUUUGCUUACCUCUCCCUUCCAUGGACUUAUCUGCUUCCUGGACCUGCCUGUCUGAGGCUGCAGAGAGAAGCAACAGUACCUGGCAGGGACUCUUCACCAAGCUCACUACAGCACAAAACCUGUUUUGUUUUGUUUUCCAGCAUUCCUUUGCCCCCUCACUUUUUGCAAGAUAAACAUCCUGUCCUCCAACAAAACAAUCAGCCAGUGAGGUAGAGCAUAAUCAUAAAGAGCUGAGACCUGGCUGCUCCCCCUGCCUUCAAGCCUUUCUUUCCACCAAGAAGUCGGCUCUGUCCUUGGGCUUCCCAGCUUGAGCUGGAUGGUUUCAGGUCAGGCCAUGAAAGUGUGUUAACAGUGCUAGCAUUCUCUUGACUUGUUUCCAGAAAGUAGGCAGCCCCUUCAGUCUCCUAGAGUAUACGCUGGGGAAACACUUCCACUUUUAGCCAAGAAGAAAGCUCACCCUGGAUUCAGCUCCCAACCAGUUGUAAUCCAUUUGGAUGGAAGCACUUAUCCCUGGACUUUCCAGGUGAAAUGAAGCUGCCAGGCGUCUCUGUGCCCAGGAUAUGGUGUAAAAGGAAGAAUGAUCCUCAAAGCUGGAUUUGCAACACACUGCAACUAAUGAGCUUGGAC